AUGGCGGAUAAUACAUGUCGAAUUAUAAUUGUAAUUGUCAUCGUUAUCGUUACAAUUGUAAGCAAGUCAAUUCUAGUUGUUGCUGACAUAGGAACUGCCACAUCUUAUGCCCCGCCAUACACACCAACCAAGUGCAAUGGGAAUAGACCGGACCAAUUUCCAUCUGGAAACUUGUUUGUGGCGGUUAGCGAAGGGCUAUGGGACAACGGGGCGGCGUGUGGGAGGCGAUAUAGAUUGAGGUGUUUGAGUGGCGGAAAUAAUCCUUGUAAAGAUGGGACUGUUGAUGUUCGUGUUAUCGACUAUUGUACAAAGAGACCUUGUCCUUCAACUAUCAUGCUCUCAACCGAUGCUUUUUCCGCAAUUUCAAGCUCUCAUCAUUCAAGAAUCAAUAUUGAAUAUAUCCAAGUUUGA